GUUUGUUUGGUUGCAGUUGUUUACAGUUGUUGUUUUGCGGCAAACGUUUCGUGUUGGCGGUCACGUCGCGCUCUAAUUUACAGUUUUUACUCUCGAAAAUGGCAUCAGCGCUAGAUAUUGAUCCAACGUUCAAACAUGCACUUAAGCUUCUCCACUCGCCCCACUCGGAUGCGACAGAAAAGAUACGUAAUCUGCUGGACGAACUCAUCAAACAACGGUAUGGCAGUGGGAAAACGUUAAUUAACACCUUGAGCAAGAAGCACCUUGCCGAGGAGCCGCUUGCGGGUGGAAGCAAUCUAUACGUGCGCAAGCAGAAAGUAAUCGAACCGAAGCCCAUCCCGGUGAUAAAUCUCGAUCCGGAUCCGGAACCGAUUGCAACCGGUACGAUCGAAUGCAUAGUGAGCGCACCGGAAGCUCUGACCAUGCCGCCGCUUUCAUCUGGUUCGAUACUGAUCUCUACCUCCGACCUGGAGGGUAACGACGAGGACGAUGACGUCAUCAUGGAGGAAGAUAAGCUGAAAGAACUGGAAGACUUGAUGUGUGUCGUUUGCCGCUUGAUGGACGUUAGCUCCCGUAACCGGCUGGUCGAAUGUGCCGACUGUCACGCACUGUACCAUCAGGAAUGCCACAAACCCGUCAUUUCGGAAGCGGACGCCAACGACGAGGAGAACGCUUGGUACUGCACGAUCUGUCGCAGCAAACAGGCGGUCGCCAAGCUGGCAACUCCAGCGGUGGUGCCCACACCGCCCAUACCCGUCGCAACAUCGCCGUCGCCAACUAUUGGCAGCUCGUCGUCAAAGUCAUCGUCCCAUUCGAAGAGUGGUAGCAGCAGCAAGUCUGCCGAAUCGUCAUCCAGCUCUAGCUCGUCCAGCAGCAGCAAGCACAAAUCAUCCAAGAGUGGCAACAAAUCGUCCGAUUCUUCGCACGAACGUGAUAGGGAUCGUGACCGUGACCGAGGCGAGCGCGAUCGCGAUCGUGAGCGGGACCGUGAUCGCGAUCGUGACCGCGACCGUGAUCGCGAAAGAGACCGCGAUAGGUCGUCCAAAUCUUCUUCUAGCGGUGGUGGCACUGGCUCCUCGUCGUCGUCCAGUGGGGCUGCGAAUGCUGGCUCCAGUGCUGGAAAUUCGGUUGGCACACCGAACAUUAACAUCAUCAGCGCAGAUAAACGAUUGCAAAUGAUGAAGAAAAAGGCUGCCAAAAUGCAAGAUAGCAAAAGGAAGCACAAGUAGACUUGAAAUGAUCGUUAUUGCACUAUAUGUUGCGAAAAAAAAGGAUAAAUGGAUGUAUGUCAUUUUUUAUGUAAUUGCUACAUUUUUAGAAAUAUAAUUAUGGAAAGAAUGUAAUGAUUGCAAAGCAUAAUGUUGAGCUCUGAUGAGAGAUAAAACCUAAACCAAUAAACAUUUAAAAACCUAACCAAUAAAUACGGUCUAGCCGUGUAGAAAGAACAUUAGUAGGAUAUACGAUUGCUUGUAUUGUACCGCGAUGUUUGUGCAUGUUCAACACGUUACAAGGACACAACAUCGUUCACUAGUGAAAUAGCAAGCAAUUCGAAACUCAAGACCCAAAACUAUUCUGGUUUCAGGCAUUAUAAAGGGGUUUUCAGGGGUUCUCAUGAUUUUGGGGCGCUUUCUACGGGAGGGAAUUUUAUAUGACGGUUCCUUCUUGUACAUACUCAAUUGGAAUCUAACAAUUUACAAUGUGCCUGUCCAAAAAGGACCAUUUGAAAUCCAAUAAGAAUUUCCUAUGUGCUAGUCCUAAAAGGAGGCCGUAGAAUCCAUUUCCCCACUCAUAAUGUUCACAUGCCGUACGAAAAAGUGUCUCAAAAUUAUGAGAACUUCUGAACAAUCGUUUUUUUUAAUAUAACAGAAGAAUAUAGCAUUCAGUAAAAAAAAAGUCUACACAGGAUAAUACAUGUUUGACGUUAAAUUUAAAUAAAUCUUACAAUCUACGAAUAAACUUCA